AUGAUAAGCAUCGUGUCGACGACCGCCGACCUGAUGCAGGACUUCAAGACCGGGUACCUGACGCUGGCGUCGCCCAGGUCGAUGUUCAUCAGCCAGGUGAUCGGCACGGCGAUGGGCUGCGUCAUCGCGCCCUGCGUCUUCUGGUUCUUCUACAAGGCCUUCACCGACAUCGGCAUCAGCAGCAGCGAGUACCCGGCGCCGUACGCCAUCGUGUACCGGAACAUGGCCAUCCUCGGCGUGGACGGCUUCUCGUCGCUCCCCAAGAACUGCCUCACCCUCUGCUACAUCUUCUUCGCGGCGGCCAUCGUCGUGAACCUGAUCAGGGACCUGGUGCCGAAGAAGGUCGCCAGGUUCAUCCCGCUGCCGAUGGCCAUGGCGAUCCCGUUCUACGUCGGGUCCUACUUCGGCAUCGACAUGUUCGUCGGCACCGUGAUCCUCUUCGCGUGGCAGAUGAUCAACAGGGCCAAAGCCGACGCCUUCGGACCUGCGGUUGCGUCAGGGCUGAUCUGCGGCGAUGGCAUCUGGACCCUACCACAGUCCAUUCUUGCGCUCGCCAAGGUGAAGCCGCCGAUCCGCAUGAAGUUCCUGUCCAGGUCGGUGAACGCCCAAGUGGACGGCUUCCUCGGAAAUUAA